UUGAAUUUUCAAAACGCUCCAACAGAAAGAGAGAGAUACUAAUUUUCUAGGGUUUCAAAAUUUUCAAUCAAUUAACAACAAACUCUAUAACAACAUGAUUAUGCUUCUAAUGAAAAAAUUAGAGAAACUUCGAUCAUUAUCAGGAUCAAUUUCUAGAAGUACUGUAAGAAAAACAGUACGAUCUUCUUCUUCUUCUUCGGAUUCUGUUUCUUUAGGAGUCUUUUCCCUACUGGUUGGUGCGUCUUUAGGACAAUUCGCCAUUCGGAAAAUACAGUCAGCUUUUACUACAAAAAUGGCACGUACUAAGGCGGAAUCGGAGAAAAGUAUGGCUCCAAUCAAAAGGGUCGUUUGUGAUGAUGAUGAUGAUGAUGAUGAUGCUGGUAACCGUGGUUCUGGUCGAGGUGAUGGUGGUGGUGGUAGGGAGGAUUUGGAGAUUGAGGAGGAGGAUGGACGCAAUGAUGAUGAUGAGGAGGAUGAUGAAAAUGGUGGUGGUAGUGGUGAUAAGGAUGAUGAUGAUGAUCGUAAUGAUGCUGGUGAUAAGGAGGAUGAAGAGGAUGAUUCUACCAUUCUUAAGCUUGUGAGGGAACGAAUGAAUCUUUUUGCAAACGCACUGUGUUGCUCGGGCGACAAAGGGGAAGUGUUCGAUCCUGGCAAACAACGUUGGUACGCUGAUUACUACAGACACGUUGAAAAUCCCAAUGCAAAGAAAAUGUUUGUUGAGCUGGCUAAGGAAGGUAAGAGGACCAAGAAAACACGUAGCCAACUAGGAGAAGAAUGUGUUGAACAGGGACAAGGUAGCCAUCAUCCUCUUGAUGAACAAGGAAGUAGAGAAGAUGGUGGUUCCCCAGGGGGAUGUGCAAUCAGGGUCUUAAUAGAAGAUGGAAAGUUAGCCGAUCAGGGAGGUACUAGGAGUUGUUGUCGAAAUGAACUUAUGUUUUAUAUUACUUUUGACUUGAACUUAUGUUUCUGAACUUUUCUUAGAUGCAACUAUGUUGUCCAUUAGAUACUUGGGGUUUGGUUUGGAUGGUUUGUUGAAAUUAUUUUGCUUUCCUAAGAUUUUAGAACGUUGUUUAG